CAUGUUUCUUCUUGAUACUAAGCUCAAUAUGCACUUGUUAUCUUGCUUUUAACUGUCAGUGACCCAAUCUAACACUUCCCAAGUUACUAUACCAUGAAAAAAAUAGCUGCUGCUCUCCAUAUAGCAGAGAUGUUGAGUCGCAGAUAGGCACAACAAAAAGACUGUCACAAAGUAAGCUUUCAGCCAAUAAGGUCUUUGUCAAAAGCAGACAAAACACACACACACACACACACACACACACACACACACACACACACACACACACAGUUAUCAUCUUAUAAUAUGAUGUAAAAUAUGCAUUAUAAGUCAAUAGGUAGAAAAUUAAAAUUGAUUCCAGUAUUCUACCAUUACUGACUGAAGUCACGUAUAGAUGAGUUAUCAGUGAUUAACAUAUUAGUCAGAAAGUAUGAUCCCCCAUGUUACAGAUUACUCACUGCAAGAAGCAUCAUCUCAUUCUUUGUGAAGGAAGUAUUUUGCAUUAAAAGUUACACAUUUCGUGACUGGUUACGGAUUGGUGAUGUACCCACAUUUGUCAUAUUCAUGCCCUCGCUUAUGAAGUUGUUUCAAAGGUUAAAGGGAGUACAUUUUAUGAACUUAUAGAUGUGUCCAGAUCUUUGUAAGAUAGCCAGCAAUGUCUGUCCUCUCGUCCAUAUCAAGCUGCAUAAUAAAAUAGUUGUUUUAAUUGUCCUUUACCGGUCUGUAUACUUGCUGUCAGAUUUAGACAGUUUUUACAUGAAAUUUUAAUGCUGUCUCUUUGUUUAGUAUUACAGGUCCUUCAGUCAUUUCGUACAACUCUCUUUGUUAUUUAGACUGUGUGUGGCUUUUUGGAUAAGUGUAACACUUGAAAAAUUACGUAGAAAGCAAUUCAGGUGUACUGCGUGAAUGACAUUAUAACUGUUUGGCGCUUAUAUUUAUGAGUGGACAAUAGUAGGAAGUAUGAAUAAUGCAUACUUGGGUAUCACCUCUGGGGUCACAUCCUGUUCAUAUGUAAAAGCACAUACUGGCCUUCAUUGUUCUGUAGUGGCAACAAGGAGUGGAGUGUGCAAUUGGCCCAGCAUACCAAGAUGGAAAUACCGAAGACAGCCGACCAGGGGGUGGAGCUGUUCGGGAUGAAGCGCCGCGGCAACCAGCUGGCUACGGCGAGCGGCGCCGGCGGCGCUGGGCCGGAAGGCGGCGACAGCGGCGAGCAGUGGGAGCCUCGCGAGACCGACUGGGCCCGCGUCGUCGCCGUGCUGCACAUUCAGUCCGGCGCCGUCUUGUCGCUCGCCUCCAUCGUCUGGAAGGCCAGCCUUGGCACCUGGCUCUGGGGAGGCCUGCUGACGUGGCUUGGUAUGCUGGGACUGACGGCGGGCACGCACCGGCUGUGGGCGCAUCGCAGCUACGACGCCUCUGCGCCGCUACGAGCCUUCCUCGCCGCCUGCCACACCGCCGCUGGACAGGGCAGCAUCUACACGUGGGUGCUGGAGCACCGCAUGCACCACAAGUACCACGGCACUGACGACGACCCGUUCAACUACCGGCGCGGCUUCAUGUUCUCGCACGUGACCAGCCGCCUGCUCAAGCCACACCCACGCUUUCAGGAGGUCGCCGCCACCAUCGACAUGAGUGACAUCGAGGCCGACUCCAUCGUCAUGUUCCAGCACAGGUACUGGGCGCCGCUGACGCUGUUGCUGGGGGUGGCGCUUCCGUUGUGGCUGCCGCUGCUGGUGUGGGGGCACGUGCCGCUGCCCGCCGCUGUCAUCACGGUGAUGCUACGGCUCGCCAUCCUCUGGAACGUCGCCGGCCUCAUCAACAGCGGCGAGCAGAUCUGGUCACUCUCCGUCAAGAAUAAGUACUCGGUGGACUCUAACCUGGUGUUCUUCCUGAACCGGACGCACUGGCCGCAGUACCACUACCUGCUGCCGUGGGACUACCGCACGGGCGAGUUCGGCUCGUACGACGACGACUGCGUGACGACGGCGAUCCGCGUGUGGGCGGCGCUGGGCUGGGCGUGGGGGCUGCGCACCGUGGGCGGCGACGCCGUGCGCCGCGCGCUCGCCGCCUCCGACGACGUCGUCUCCGCGCUCGAGGAGGAGGGCCGCCGCGUCGCCAAGCAGUCGCUCUUCCUGCAGUAGGGCGGCCCGCCUCAACACUGUCCAGGCUGACAAAGGAUGUCAUUAUCAAGGUAGCUGGUGAACUCACUGGAAACUGCGGACUGGAUUACUGGUUAUCGUCCAAGUGUAUCGAGGCAAGGGUCUGUUUGCUGGAGACCACCAACAACUUAAGAACCUCUGCUUUUGGCCCCCAUGCCCUAACUUUAUUUGCGUAAAACCGUAUUGCCGUCUCUCUCCAUUUGAUUAAGUUAUAAUAAAAAAUAUUUGAUCUAGAA